AUGUCAAAAUGCUAGAUAAAAACAAUGUUUUUAGAAACCGAGAUUCGAAGAAUUAUCAUUUCCAAAAGAACAUUUUGAAAAUACUGCGGAUAAAUUAAUUAUAAUUAAUGAAUAUUAGAACAAAAAAAGCUAGCCCCUUUUUAUUAUAAUAUCAUAAAAUUGUAGAAAAAAUAUUUUUAGUUAGGUUAUCAUGGAUGUCAAAAAAUAUACUUGCGUUAAUUGUGGCGAAGCUACUUCUGAAUUAUAUAAACAAUAUAGUCCGACCGUUUUAAAAGUUAUGACAUGUAGAUCAUGUCAUCAUGUCGCCGAUAAAUACAUUGAAUAUGAUUCAAUAAUUAUAAUAACUGAUUUAAUUUUAUUGAAUAAGCAAGCAUAUCGUCAUACUCUUUAUAAUACUAAAUUCGAGAGCCAUUGGAAACUGGCUGUAUUGUUACUGUUGAUGGAAACAUAUUCGGAAUGGGUAAAUACUUCGUCCGAUUUGGUUUAUAUGCCUAUUUUAUAUAAUAAACCAGCAAAUGAAGAAUAUCAGAAGGAAAAAAGAUUUUAUUUUAUUUGCCUUACAGUAAUCAUUGGUACUAUCGUAUUUGUAUCGACGAUAUCGAUAAUGACACGAUUAACUCAACGUUUAUAUAAACGUAAAAAUGAUUUUACAUCAUUUAAAGAAACCAAUUUUUUUACGAUUUGGAAAGCUGUUACAUUAUCAAGUUUUGGACGUUUCUUACAUUUACCAGCAUUAAUAUGGGGUGAUUUUAAAGUGGCUGAAACACAUUUUGUAUUUGUAUUAGGAUAUACAAUACUUACACAAUUGUUAGUACAUUCAGUUAUUAUUUGCUGUUCUCGAAAACAAUCAACAAUUAUAAUUUUAAUAGCGUAUGUAUUUAAAAUUUAUUUUACACAAUUAUUUUCAUUAAAUAAUCGAGAUUCACGUAUUCGUUGGUGUCGAUUAAAAUAUGAUGAUGGAAGAUUUUGGAAACUUCCAUUUCAUACUGUAGAAUUAUGA